UGUCGCAAUAUACUUCUUUUGAAGUUGCAGCUUAAAUAAAUCAAAUAAGAGAAAUUAUAUUUUUUACGGUUUGAAUGAUUUCUUUAACGUUCCAGGUGUGAUUCCACCUUUUGUUUACCCAUGUCAUAUGCAGUUCCUAAAUUAUUGGCAAGUAGCCUAGUUUACUGUUUAGUAGAAUAAAGAAUUUGAACUACUGAGAUUUAAAAAACACAAAAUUGUUUGUCUCAAUUUAUGAACUUUGUAGUUUAAAAUGAAGUGGCAGUAUAAAGAAGAACACCCUUUUGAAAAGCGAAGGGCUGAAGGAGAGAAAAUAAGAAAGAAAUACCCAGAUCGAGUUCCAGUCAUUGUAGAGAAAGCUCCUAAAGCCCGCAUUGGUGAUUUGGACAAAAAAAAAUAUCUUGUGCCCUCAGACCUUACAGUUGGACAGUUUUAUUUCCUUAUUCGAAAACGAAUCCACCUGCGUCCAGAAGAUGCAUUGUUUUUCUUUGUCAACAAUGUAAUUCCUCCUACCAGUGCAACCAUGGGUUCUUUAUAUCAGGAACACCAUGAAGAGGACUUUUUCUUAUAUAUUGCCUAUAGUGAUGAGAGUGUCUAUGGAGUUUAGUAAGGAAGAAGUAUUUCAAAUUUAUAUGUCAAAAUUAUGUAAUAUUAUUUAAUAAAAUAAACCAGACAUUCACAAACAAAAGUGCUAUUAUCAUAUACCAUACUUUUAGUUAUAGCAACUUAUGUUAUAAAAUUUGCUUAGGUUACAUGUUAUAAAUAAUUCCUGUGUACUUUUUAACAUUUAGUUCAUGCUCUUCUGCUUGCAUGGCUCAAAAAAUUCUAUUCUUCAGUCAACGUGUAUAAACUCACAGUUCUGAAGAUUUGUUUUAUUACUAUGUAGUUUUAGUACAUUGCUCUCACCAUUUGAAUUUUUUAGCAUAAUUUGAAAAAGGUGCACAACUAUUUAUUUUCUCAAUGAUUUUAGCACAUUUUGUACAUAUAGUAGUUGGAAACUUUUUAUGAUGAUUACAAAUGCCUUGUAUAACAUAGCUCUUAUGUACCAUGUCAAAAAAACAACUAUAUAUAUAUAUAUACUGAUAUGACAACGUGUCAUUUCUUUAAGAAACAUUUCACUUUACAAAAAAGAUAAUGAUUUUCAAAUAAUCAAAUUUAAAAAUACUGAAAUGCAAAUUUUAAUGAGUGUAUGUAUUUUUUUCAGUUAUAGAUAAAUUUUAUUGACAUUCUACAUUUAAUUGUUGUCUUUAAGCAAAAGAAAUGUUUGUUGUUAGACAUUGCUGCAGAUUUUUCUGCAAAAGUUUAGCACGUUUAUUGUUUAAAGUUAUACACAUAUAUGUGUUCCUGCAGUUUGGUGAUAAUAUUUUUCUUUAACAAUAAACACUAGGACUUUAAGGCAUAUUGUUUUAAAAUGCUUUUUUCUUUACUGUAGAUGCUUUUACAAACAGUAUUAGUUUACGUUUUUCCAUGAUUACACAUAGUUUUCAGUUAAAAAUAUUUAAAAAUUAUCUUCAAGAGAAAACCACUGAAAAUGUUACUAUUGUUUUGGAGUUUAUCAAGCAUUAUGUUAUGAUAUUAUUUGUUAAAUCAUGAUAAUAUUUUAGGUGUCAUAAAUUUUUACAUAAAAUAAACAAUAGCAGGUGGAAAUCUAAUUAGAAAAAAUUUAAUAAAAUCUAAAAUGAAAAAAAAAUUUGCUUUCUUAAGGUAUCACUUAAAACAGUUUUGCUUUAAAAUUUUGAUGUUCAUGAAAUUGAAUUGUAUGUGUAACUACUGAUGGAAAAAUUAAAUAUGUAGUUAAAAUAUUGGC